AUGGCGAUGCAGGCGGUGCUGGCCGUCGUCUCCCUGCUGCUGCUUCUGUGGCCGGCACGCCGCGCCGGCGCCGCCGAGUACGUGGUCGGCGACGUCGGCUACGGCUGGGAAUCCGGGUCCGGCAUCAACUACGCUGCCUGGGCAAGGGAGUACUCCUUCGCCGUCGGGGAUGUCCUAGUUUUCCAGUACGUGAGCACCCAGCACGACUUGUACGAGGUGACCGAGGAGGUCUACCGGUCCUGCGACACCACCGCCGGCGGCGGCAACGGCGUGCGCGUCAAGUACACCAGCGGCUACGACCGCGUGGUGCUCGACGAGGCGAGGGGAUACUGGUUCAUCUGCGAUUUCCCCGGCCACUGCCUAGGAGGCAUGAGGCUCGCCGUCAACGUCUCCGCCACCCCGCCGCCGGCGCAGGAGGAGAAGGAAGUGGCGGGUCGCCGACGCCUGUGA